AUGACAGUCCAGCAAGGGCCGGUGCUCGUGGCUGAGAUGCAAGCCCAGACGUUUCGGGACUUGGAGACAAAGAAGAGCUCGGUCGUGGUAUCCGAAACCAAGGCCAAGGUUGCCGUACCAAACCACAGCCAGGAUAGAUACCUUGUUGUCUCGCCAUACCAUGAGCAGGAACACCUCCUAGAUCUCGAAACCCUCGAUAUCGAGAACCAACUUCUCGCCAUUUCCUUGACCAAGAUGGAAUGCCUACGCCAGGACUAUGCCACGGCGCCGUACGUCCAAACAUUCAACUGGGAGGAGGUCAUCGAAACGCUCCGGGCGCUAGCCGGGAGGCUCAACCAUACUUGGAGGAAGACUUUCUUCUUCGUGGUUGCUUUCCGUUCUCGCAUACCACCGACAACGGUGUAUGCUGAGCUCGGUACGCUUGACAAGGCGGCUCAUGCCGAGGCCACCGCAAGCGGCGGCUUUUUGAAGUAUUGGUUUGGGACUCCCGACGCCGAGGGCCGCAACUUGGCGACCUGCAUCUGGAGAUCUCAGGAUGACGCAAGGAAAGGAGGUAUUGGCCCGGCGCAUCGCAAGGCGGCUGGUGCUGCUCGGUCCUUGUAUUCUUUCUGGAAAAUAGACCGCCUCAAGCUGACCGUCGAGGAUGGUGUCAAGGACUGGGCGAUCACGGCUUGGGAUGAGUGA